CCGGCUUUGUUCUAGCAUCUUUCAGUAUUCUCAAAAACGUGCAACGAAACACUUACGAUGCCGGCGAUCAACGAACAUCAACAGAUGUGGCUACCAGGAAAUUUUAUCAUCGGUGAAAAUGUAAUCGAUCAUCACCAGAAGAUUAUUCCAGGCACCGGAACCUUGGACACAACCGGCUUAUUGGAGCAUGAUCUACACAAUGCCUUGGUGCCAAUCAAAACUGCAAACCUCCUCACGCCACAGGCCGCAGCAGUCGUCGCCCAGCAGAGCAGAGACCAACAACAGCUGCAGCAACAACUACAGCAACAGCAACAGCAGGACCCGAAAGCUCAGCCAAAUAGUCAAAUUACCCUCGUCAGUAAUGCUGCCACCAACACUUGUCCCAGUGCAAAUAAGGCUGGCUCCACCAAUGGCAGUUCGUCCGGUCGCUCGACACCGAACAGCACCAGCGAUCCGGCUCCAGGCAAACUUUUUGUUGGCGGACUCAGUUGGCAGACGUCGUCGGAAAAGUUGAGCGAAUAUUUUGGCAUGUUUGGCAAAGUGACUGACGUACUGAUAAUGAAAGAUCCCAUCACGCAGCGGAGCCGAGGAUUCGGAUUCAUCACAUUCCAGGAACCAUGUAGCGUAGACAAAGUUCUCAAAGUGCCAAUUCACACGUUGGAUGGAAAGAAGAUCGACCCGAAGCACGCGACUCCCAAGAAUCGGCCAAAAACGCAAUCGAACAAGACCAAGAAGAUCUUCGUCGGGGGCGUUUCGCAAGACACAUCGGCCGAGGAGGUGAAACAAUAUUUCAGCCAGUUUGGCAAGGUUGAGGAAACUGUGAUGCUGAUGGAUCAGCAGACCAAACGUCACCGUGGCUUUGGGUUUGUCACAUUCGAAAUGGAGGACGUGGUGGAUCGGGUGUGCGAGAUCCAUUUCCAUACCAUCAAAAACAAGAAGGUCGAAUGUAAGAAGGCGCAACCGAAGGAAGCGGUGACACCGACGGCACAGCAGCUGCUGCAGAAGCGCAUUCUGCUGGGAAAUUUGGCACUGCCCAUCGCGGCACCAGCCGCAGCUCGACUAGUCGGAGCGGCCCAAGCAGCCGGACAAGCGCCGCUGGUCAGCCAGCUGGCCAACCCAGCGCUGAUGGUGCAGGCCCAAGCGCAGGCUGCCCAGGCGGCUGCCGCGCACGCCGCCCUACAGGUGCAGAAUGGUUUCGGAAAAAUGUUCACCGCCUAUCCGCCGACGCUGCAUAGUUUCAGGUACGCGCCCUACCCAAUGCCAUCGGCAUCCGCCGCCCACGCGGCCGGUGCAGCAACUAGCGCCGGACAGUAUCAAUCGGCUGCAGCAGCGGCAGCAGCAGCUGCAGCGAGCCAAUCCCACCACCCGCACGCCCAACAGAUGACCGCGGCCACUGCCCAACCCCCGCAGGCCGGACAGGUGACGGCUGCUGCCGCGGCGGCAGCUCAUCCACAGCAAGGGGCCAAUGCUGCCGCAGCCGCCACGCACCAGCUAAUGCCUGCCGGUCUAGCGACGGCCGCCACUGCCAAUCCCUAUCAAGGUUACAGUCUGGCCAACGUCGAUAUGUCCAGCUUCCAGGGCGUGGACUGGGGUUCGUUGUACGGCAUGGGAAUUAUCCCAUACGGUGCAGGAUCUGGUGUUCAUCUGGAACAUGACCGAUCCGCUGGUGGUUAAUCCGGAAAUUGAGCUGCCGCAGCUGGACAUCAGUAACAACUACACGACCGAUUGUACGAUCGAAUACUCGACUGGGAAUUUCACCUGUUUGGCGGUGGUUUUUAAUCUGAGGCGGCGCCUAGGCUAUCAUCUGUUCCACAC